UUACAAGUGUUUGUUUAUGCUAACAAAACACCCAGACGGAUAACGCAAAUAUUAGACGAAAUGCUGUGAUUUCGCUUAAAAUCUAGCUUCGACGGCAACAAGUCAAAAGACCCAUAUACUUCCUGCUACACCGAUCCGCAUGAAUGGGUCUUAUGAAUAUGGUUCACCGUCUAUUGGCCGAACGAUGACGCCCCAUUUGCCCGAUUUUACGGAGGAGACGUGUCUGAAUUGGAUGAACCAACAACUGGCUAAAGCUCGUCCCCCUCUAGCUAUCUCCAUUCUGACGGAACCCAAUGUGCGCAACGGUGUAGCGCUUGGCCUUCUACUGGAAACAGUAGGUCAAAUCAAACUGAACGGCUUACUCCUUCAACCGGAAACUCGUGUUGAGCAUUUACACAACGUGCAUGAGCUGUUCGCUUUAAUGCGACAGAUUAACGUUCGUUUGGGGACUAUUCAACCAGAAAAUGUCAUGAAUGGAGACAAAGAAUCCAUCCUUCAACUUGUGCAAGCAAUAUCUAAUCAUUUUAAACGACACCCUCGUGGAAGACGAUCGGUUAGCCCACAUCCUUAUUCCACCAACAGCGACCGAGCUGCUGUUUAUCAGAAUGCUUCCACUGGCUCGAACGCGAUAUCCAAACAUGCCAUCAACGGGAACUGUGGCCCACACAAACUGCACCGAAAUCACAGCUUAAUUGGAGGUCACUGCAACGGCUAUGCACAAUCUCACGGCACUGUGGUAGCCAGCGAAGAGGGUGCUACCAAGUCAAUCACGGCGUUGACAGUGAUGCUCAAUGGCCACCGCGCAAAAGGCACUAUUCAUCGAUCAGAAAGAAGCUAUGACUGA